AUGCUGCGCACCGUGAAGUCGUUCACACAUAUUGGCUCGAACAAGAAGAAAAAGAUCGGCGCAACAAAGUCUACGAAGAAAGAUACCAUUCUUGAGACAAGCAGAGGCGCUCUGAUCGGAACAGAAGUCUGUGAUACGAAAAACUACCUUCCAAUAUACCGACUCUACGCACGAAUACGAUAUGCGCUUCCGCCGACAGGAGAGCGACGAUGGCGAAAACCAGAGCCUCUACCUCCUGACUGGGUCUUCUCGGAUGCAAACAGUCAACCUAGGGACUAUCGUACGUUCGGGAAUAUCUGCCCUCAAUUGCAGGGUGAAUAUGCUGCGGUAGACACAUCGGAGUGGGAAGAAGUGGUCGAGAAUCUCAUGCAUGAGGACUGCCUAUACUUGAAUAUAUGGGUGCCUGCAGGAGUGCCGAGGCCAUCUGAAGGCUGGCCAGUGCAGUUCAACUUUCCCGUCUCCGGGACACAGUGCGGCGACGGCAUGCAACAAAAUUAUUUCGAUCCGAUCGACAUAUUCCGAGAACACCGAGAAGAUCCCAGAGUUCUCGUGUCAGCCAAUUCGCGCGUUGGCGUGCUUGGAUACCUCUCCAGCGAAGACCUCAUGAAAGAUGGAAUGGACCUACGAACGCGUGUCAGUGAAUCAGCUGGCAAUUAUGGACUGUGGGACCUCCGGACAGCUCUACAGUGGACAUAUGAUCAUAUUCAUUUGUUCGGGGGCAACCCGAACAACAUUACUGCUGGAGGUUCAGGCUUGAUCACGGCCCUACAACUGCAUUACGAUGCCUUUCAGUCUCCCGAGAACCGCAUCAUCAAGCGUGCAUUCCUAUACAGCAGCGCCAUCAGCAUCCAGCCCGAUCCUGCGAACUCCUACAGACCUACACGACAAUUCGAUGAGAUUUGUCACCAGCUCAUGAUUGAUACAAAUCUACCCAGCAAGGAGAAGGUCAGGAUACUUCGUGAAGUGUCAGCCGAGAGGCUACUUACUGUCGUACGCACACUCGAGCUAGAUUUCCUACCAGUGACAGACGGCAAAGACGGCUUCGUCCCCGCAUGGCUCAUGCAGUCAAUCUGGAACGGCGAGCUUGGCAGGAGGCUGAAGCAGCGGAACGCUCAAGUGGUCAUUGGCGACACUUGCAGUGAGCGUUCAUACUACGAGCAUGCUGGAAGAGCCGGAAUAGCCACAAGCAGGCCUUCAAGAGGCAUUUCGUCACGAGAAGCGCUCAUGUCAAAACUCAAAACUCAUUACCCACGCGACAUUUGUGACGAGCUGAUCAAGAAGUAUGCGAGAGAUAUCACAGACUGGAAUUCUGUCUAUUGCGAUAUCAUGGCAGAUGUGCAGUGUCACGCGCCAGUACGAGGCUUUGCGCAGUGUCUGUUCUACGGAGGCAUGUCCACGCAGGAUGUCAUGCGAUACCACAUCGCAUGGCGACCAAAAGCUUUGGAUGAAUGGAUCAGUCCCGGACUGGGCAUCUCACACGUCAUGGACAUUCCCAUUUGGUUCUACUCUGGAUGGAGGAUCGGCUUCAGCAAGAAGGAUAAACAAGAUGUCUUGAUCUUCACCCGGGCGUUCUCAAAGUUCUUGAAAGGAGAAAGGAAUGGUGGCGUUAUCUGGGGUACAGCGGCUGAAUUUGAAGUCAGACAAAUCUCCCCGAAUGGAACAGUCCUCGUGGCAGAGGACCAGAUGUGGGCUAGAAAGCUCGAUGUCUGGAAUAUGCUUCGCGAGGUGCAGAAGGGGAGGGACACUCCGCGUGCGGACAGCGUGGUACAGGGUAUGGGUAGCCAAUGGGGGUGA